UUAUCAACCAAAUCAGUAAAAUCACAAACAUCUUCUUACAAUGGCUGCAGUGUUUUGGGCAUUGGCUUUAGCAAGCCUAUGCUACCCUCUAGCCUCAAUCAAUGCUCAAUCACAUGCAGCUGCACCAUCCAAUUUGCCAAUUACAACUUCACCGUUUGUAGCGAAACAACAACCUGUUGUGGCAGCAAUUUCUCCUACUUCUAACAAACCCACAGCCACGGUCACGGCAGCUGCACCAUCGAAGUUGCCAACCACAAAUCCAUCGGAACCAUCAACACUGCCAUUAUACAAACAACAGCCUAUUGUGGCUGCAACUCCUGCUAGUAAUACAAACAAACAACAGCCUAUUGUGGCAGCAACUCCUGCUAGUAAUACAAACAAACAACCUGCAGCAACUUCUCCUACUUCUAACAAACCCAUAACCACAGUCACGGCAGCUGCACCAUCGAAGUUGCCAACAACGAAUCCAUCUGCACCUUCCACAUUGCCCCUAGACAAACAAAAGCCUAUUGUAGCAGCAACUCCUGCUAGUAGUACAAAGCAACCACCAGCAGCAACCUCUCCUAUUUCUAACAAACCCUCGACCACGAUCUCAGCAGCAGCACCAUCCAAAUUACCAACUAUAAUCCCUGCUGCACCUUCCAAGUUGCCAACGGCAGCUUCACCAACUUCUAGUACACCAUCCGCUGCUAAAAAACCACCUAUUGUCGUAGCAACUUCUCCCUUGUCUAGCAAACAACCAACCACCACUCAACCGCCUACAACUGCAAAAUCAUCCCCUGUAAAAUCACCAGUUCCUAAAGUUACGUCUCCAGCAUCUUCCCCUGUGAAGUCACCAGUCCCCAAAGUCGCGACCCCAACAUCUGCUCCCGUGAAGUCACCAGUUCCAAAAGCUACGACUCCAACAUCUGCUCCUGUGAAACCGCCAGUUCCAAAGGUUGCAACUCCAACGGUUGCACCGGCUAAACCACUGGUUCCCAAAGUUACAACUCCAACAGCUGCACCUGUGAAACCAAUAGUUCCAAAAACUACAACUCCAACAUCUGCUCCUUUGAAACCACCAGUUCCGAAAGCUCCCGCACCAAAACCUUCUCCUGUGAAACCACCAGUUCCAAAAUCAAAACCUCCAACAACUGCUCCUGUCAAAUCACCAGUUCCGGAUCCUCCAAAACUCGCUCCUGUAAAGUUGCCAGUCCCAAAGGUUACACCGGCAUUAAGCCCAAAAACCCCAUCCCCUAAAAUUCAACCACCACCACAUCCACCCAAAAAAGCACCUGUUUCUCUACCACCAUUAUCUAUACCACCUGUUUCACUUCCACCAUUACCAUUACCACCAGCUUCUAAACCACCAAAGGUAUCCCCAGCACCUGCAAAGGUUCCAAAAGCACCAGCACCGGCCAAAGAAGCACCAGCACCAGCACCUACACACAAAAAGAAAGCACCAGCACCCGCACCAGACAAAGAAACACCGGCACCAGCACCUACACACAAAAAGAAGAAAGCACCAAAAUCAUCACCUGUUCCUUCCCCAGCAAUUCUCCCACCAUCACCUGCACCAACACCUGCAAUAGACACACCAUCAUCAGCACCAGCACCAUCGCCUGAAGAUGAUGCGCCAGAACCACCGCCACCCCACAAGCACAAGAGAAGAAAACACAAGCAUAGUAAGCAUAAGAAACAUCACGCACUAGCUCUAGCACCAGAGCCUACAAGUUCAAGUUCAACAAUCAUUAGGAGGAGUCCCCCAGCACCACUGGCUGAUGAUAAUACUACAAUGAGUUCAGAUGAAGGACCGUCACCAGCACCCAGUCCCAGUGCGAAUGGUGCACAAUCUUACCAAGGGCAAUGGAGAAAGAUGUUGGCAACUGGUGGAAUUGCUAUUGCCAUUUUGUUAUGUGUCACUUGAGUAACUGCAGAAGAUGCUCAUAUGACAAAACAUGGAUUCAAGCGAAACGGUUAUUUGGUUUGCAAAAAUAUAAAAUUAUUUCAUAUGUAUGGAAUUGAAUGAUGAACAAUUAUACUCAUAAUAUUUUUCUUAUCCUUUUGUUCUUUCAUUGUAUUGUGGUCUUUGCUCAAGCAAUAAUAGUGAUAUGAGAUUUUGAGUUA